AUGCCUACCAUAGCCGAGGACCUACUCGGAGCCCUGUUGAUUGAGGUUUCUCUGGCUGCUGUGCUGUACGGGAUCACGACUACACAGUCCUAUUUUUACUACUUCGCUUGCCGCGAUGAUGAUAAGCUGAUUCGAUGGGCUGUUCUGUUCAUUUGGAUCGUCGAAACGGUGCAUACGGCGCUCUGCGUGCACAUGAUGUACCACUAUUUAAUCAGUAACUAUGGAAGUUUAGAAACAGCUAAUCGCAUCGUUUGGAGUGCUGGUGCUACUGUGAUCACCGAGGUGUCUAUAUCUGCGACUGUUCAAACUUUCUUUGUCCGUCGCAUCUGGAUCUUGAGCCACAAGUCCAGGCUCAUAACCUCCCUUCCGGCGGUUCUCUUGUUCAUUCGCAUUGCAUUUGGAUACGCCUCCGCCGCUCUCACAUGGAAACACGCUAGCUGGACUGCGUUCCGCUACAAUAGGGGAUCAUUUAUCACAGUUACAUGUAGCCUUAGCCUCGCAACGGCUGUGGACUUCACGAUCGCAGUCAUUCUCAUAUACUACCUUCAGAACAGUCGGUCAGGCUUUCGAGGGACUCAUCCGACCAUCCGAUCAUUGCAGGCUUACAUCAUUAACUCCGGGGCUAUAACGAUGGUGAUCUCUCUCACCAUCGUGCUCACGUACGUGUUCUUGAAGAACAACCUCUUAUACGCGGGAUUGCUUGAGAUGCAGGGCAAACUAUACGCAAACACCUUACUCGCAAUGCUCAACACGCGAGAAACGGGGAACCGUUCGACCAAAGCUUCCUCCGCGGACGAUGGUCCUAACGCGCUGGAACUCGCGUCACGGCGUCCUCAUGCACAAAUUGGUUCACGCCAUAUUGAGAUCUUCCAGCACGUCACCCGCGACGUCGAUGCCGUUCCACCAUCGGAAGAGGCCAUCAAGACUAUUGGCGACAUGGAUAGUGCAACGGACGAGUAUUCUGCGACCAACAAGUCGCAGACACUUAUUUGA